GCUGCUGCAGAUGGAUAUCUUGUCCCGCACCCACUGUCUUGGUGCCAGUCUCAUUUUUCUGGGAUUGAUCUGCAUCUUCGCCAACAUCCUCUUGAUAUUUCCAAACUUUGAGUACCAGUUUCUGCUGCAGAGGAAAGUUUCCUUAUAUGCUUUGAUGAUGAGCGGACUUUGGGGAGGAGGUGUUUUGGUGUUUAUUGCUGCAAGGCAGUUCUUGACCAAACACUCAAAACCUGGCUUCUGGAGAGUUCGCUCAACAAUGCUGUGCUCAAUCCCAUAUUCUGCACUAGGGCUACUUGGCUCAGGUAUCUGCUUUGUCGUGAAUUUCACUGGACUGGCAAAAGGACCCUUUUGCCAAUACUUAAACUGCGAUCAAGAACCAAGCUGGGGAUAUCCUCUGCAAGCAAGAAGUGCAAGUGAAGAACAUUAUAUCUACAACAGCACGCAGUGGUAUACCGUGUGCAAGGAGCCACGCAAUGUGGUUGUCUGGAAUAUAUUCCUCUUUUCCAUCAUACUGUUGGCUAAUAUACUCCAGGCUCUGCUGUGUGUUAUUCAGAUCAUCAAUGGAGUGGCUGGUGUCUUUUUUGGCACUGGCAACAGACACAAUAAGAGAAGAGGAAAGCAAGUGACCACAAGACAUAGAUCUGCAAAAUCCAUGAAGAAUCCAUACCUAACAAGACUUCCCAAACACACGUCACUAAUUUAAUGAGCAAGGACAUGAGUCAGACAGGUUCCACAGAAGAAAUAGCCAGACAGAUCAAAUCUGCUGGUAGUAUUAUGGGUGACUGUGUUCACCAAGUAAAAGGAAACAGAACACCUAGUUGAUUUCCCAAGCCUUUUGUGGUGACUCUACACGACUGUUGUUAUUAACAGCAGGCAUUUCAUGUCCAAUCAGGAGGACUGACCUACCAUGAAGAACAGGCAGGCCUACCAUAGGAAACAUCAUUCAACAACUGGCUCAAAAGGCUCAGCAAAUUCAAUCCUGCCACACCAGGCAAUUGCUGAUGAUCCAAUGUUUCCAUUUACUACAACAUAUUCCAAUGUUUCCCCAUCCCAUAAAAGGUGCCCUCCUGCUGAAGUGAAGUGCAAACAUUUCUUAUGUACCAUCACUGGCAUAAUGUGAUUGUGUCAGUUGUUCAAUACCUUAAGUUAUGGCCUGGAAAAACUAAUUAGGACAUGGAAUUCAGAUUUUGGAAUAUGGUUAUGAAGUGGAUGGCCAGAGGAUAAUUCAGAUGAACAAGAACGGAAAUGCCUGUGUGCAGUAUAUCUGUCCAGUACUCCAAUUGUCCAUCCAGAGACAAGAAUGCAACACAAUAGAGGAUAUGGCAGGCCUCAUUGAUCACUAUCAAUGUGUCCUAGAAGUUCCUGUAUCAGAAAUAGCAAGAUCCAAGAGAACUGGGAUCUAGAUGAAGGAUGCUCAACUAGAGAUUCAGCAGCGUGGAUCAGCAAUUCAGUAUUUCAAUCAUGAGAGAUGGCUGGCCACUGUGCACUUAGCCAGGAUAUUGCUGGCCAGUGGUCAGUAUCACAUUUCUAAUGUAGACUUGCUUGUCUGAUUGAACUUCUUUGCUCUGGGUUUUCGUGUGCCUACUGUACUUCUCCUCCAGGUCUGUGUGAGCAGAGAACACUUUUGAUCCUUUACAGGCCUCUUUUACAAGGCAGUUGGGAUGACAUGAAUGGUGGAGUGGGGGCGCCAUGGGGAAGGUGUUUUUUCCCCCUGUUUUUUCAUGUUUGUAAUGUUUUAUUUAUAUUGAUGUAUCUUAUUUAAAUUUAUUUCAAAAUUAAUAAUAUAAGAAACAUGGCAGCAGCAACAUGAGAUAAGAAGACCUUUCUAUAAGUUAAGUGCUACUGAUUUUAAGAAUCUGACACUUUUUUUUUUAAAUUUAACUAUAUUUUGGGUUUUUGGGGUCAGAGGGUCUCUGCUCUUAUAUGUGAGUGAUAGUUACUAGGAAAUGUUUAGACACAGCUCUGAUGACAGCAUCAGUGUGUUUACAGAAACUGCCAUGAUUUAUUUGGAAUCUCGUUGAUGAAAUUCACUGAGCUGGCAUGAAUGUAAAACCCAUCGUGGUGAAUACCAACACCCCGGUGGGUGUCAAACUUAAUAAUUUCUACACAUGCUUUGACAUAAAUGGCGCUAGCACCAUCCACUGGUACACCAUUUCUAAGUCAGGAGCUCUAUACAAAGAAGAAACAGCACUCACACAACAUAAGGAGAGCUUUUAAUAAAGUGAAACACCAGGAAGGUCCACAUGGCAUUCCAAAAUGUGUUUUUAAGUUCUGUGAUGAUCAGCUUGCACUGUUGUUUAUGGUAAUAUUUAAUCUCUCCUUAAGCUAGUCUGUCACACCAAUAUGCUUUAAAAGAUCUAUGGCUAGUCAUAACAGACAAACAGUAUGCUCUUUACCACUGAAGAACUGGAACUUUUACAGUUUAUAUAUCACUCAA